AUGGUCAAGCGGAGCGCACGUGCCCCACCAUUCCUUCUCACCACACCCAAAGGUGUUUCUGCUUUCGAAGACGUCUAUGGUGUGCCGAAUAUCUCCCAUACAGAGGACUGGCCCAUGGACGGCGGUGUCGGUGUGCGCAUCAUCACGGGCGCGCCCGAGAUUGAGGGCGUCAUGGACGCCAUCAAGGACCUGACGGCGCAGGGUAUUGUGUUUCCAUCGGACACAGACAUUGCGACGGCAGCCGUACGGCGCGGCGUGCGUCUCAUCACGCACCUCUUCAAUGCCAUGCCGCAGCUGCACCACCGCGAUCCGUCCAUCAUCGGGCUCCUCGGUGCCUCUCCACAUCUUGGAUCACCUUUCACCCCUGCUACUGCGAACGUUGUUGAUACCAUCGCCACAUCCAUGCUUGCUGGCUCCGAUACCAUAACAACUCUAGCGGGUCCUGUCACUCCUACGAAUAUGAACAGCCGCAAACCCGCGGUGCACUCAGAGGCGCUCGAUGACGGCGUGACGCCGCUGCAGACCCCUAUGCUUGCCAAACACCAGAACGGCGGCGAGCCGCACCUUGACAAGGGCCAAGUCACAGAUAUGACGUUUGAGCGGCCGUUCUACGAGAUAAUCGUUGACGGGAUCCACUCGCAUCCGAAUUCUGUCCGGCUUGAGUAUAACGUAUUCUCGGAAGGUUGUAUUUUGAUCACAGCGAUGAAGAUACUCGACCCACACCCGCGCGACGGCGUACAUGAAUGGCGCGAGGGCAAACACUUUGUCAAAGAAGGCGACCGGCUUUAUCUCGAGGGUACGGACACCUCGCCGGCAGGCAAGCCCAAGCCCUUGUCUCGCGAUCUUUUCAUCACGGCUACUUACCUGUAUGUGCGCAGUGUUGUAACACUAGACAAAUGUGUACACAACUUUGCCCGUUUCACGGGUUGCUCCCUCGACGAAGCGCUCAAGUGCGCGACGCUGAACCCGGCGCGGUGCCUUGGCAUCGAGAACAAGAAGGGCACGCUCCGCCCCGGGGCGGAUGCAGACCUCGUCGUGCUCGACAGAAUGGGCAAUGUUUGA